CAGCAGCAUGGCGGCCCCGGAGGAGGAGCGGCCGGCGGGGAGCGGCGAGGGAGAGCGGCUGGAUUUCCUGCGGGACCGGCACGUGCGGUUCUUCCAGCGCUGCCUCCAGGUCUUGCCCGAGCGCUAUUCCUCGCUCGAGACCAGCAGGCUGACAAUUGCAUUUUUUGCGCUCUCCGGGCUGGAUAUGUUGGAUUCCUUAGAUGUUGUGAACAAAGAUGAUAUAAUAGAGUGGAUUUACUCCCUGCAGGUCCUUCCCACAGAAGACAGAUCAAAUCUAAAUCGCUGUGGUUUCCGAGGCUCUUCAUACCUGGGUAUUCCAUUCAACCCAUCAAAGAAUCCUGGAACGGCUCAUCCUUAUGAUAGUGGCCACAUAGCAAUGACCUACACUGGCCUUUCAUGCUUAGUUAUUCUUGGAGAUGACCUAAGCCGAGUAAAUAAGGAAGCUUGCUUAGCAGGCUUGAGAGCCCUUCAGCUGGAAGAUGGAAGCUUCUGUGCAGUCCCUGAAGGCAGUGAAAAUGACAUGCGAUUUGUAUACUGUGCCUCCUGUAUUUGCUAUAUGCUCAACAACUGGUCUGGCAUGGAUAUGAAAAAAGCCAUCAAUUAUAUUAGAAGAAGUAUGUCCUAUGACAAUGGGCUGGCACAGGGAGCUGGACUUGAAUCUCAUGGAGGAUCAACUUUCUGUGGCAUCGCAUCACUGUGUCUGAUGGAUAAACUAGAAGAAGUUUUUUCAGAAAAAGAAUUGAACCGGAUAAAGAGGUGGUGUAUAAUGAGGCAACAAAAUGGUUAUCAUGGAAGACCUAAUAAGCCUGUAGAUACCUGUUACUCUUUUUGGGUAGGAGCAACUCUAAAGCUUCUGAAAAUUUUUCAGUACACUAACUUUGAGAAAAAUAGAAAUUACAUCUUAUCAACUCAAGAUCGCCUUGUAGGGGGAUUUGCCAAGUGGCCAGAUAGUCAUCCAGAUGCUUUGCAUGCAUACUUUGGGAUCUGUGGCCUGUCACUAAUGGAGGAAAGUGGAAUUUGUAAAGUUCAUCCUGCCCUGAAUGUAAGCACACGGACUUCUGAACGCCUUCGAGAUCUCCAUCAGAGCUGGAAAAUCAAGGACUCUAAACAGUGCCCAGAGAAUGUGCACAUCUCCACAUGACUGACUUCAUUUAGUUUGGGAGGGUGGGGGGAUUUGUAGCAUAACUGUAGCUCAAGGUUAAAAGCCAUGUAUAACCAAGUGUGCUCUCUUUUUUUUAUUUUUAUUUUUUUUUAUUUUAUUUUUUUUUUAAGAAGUAGAGUCUCACAAUCAAAUCUUGUGCCGAUGUCACUUUGGAAUAUGGUCUUGAGCCAGUAACCUUUGUACUGGGUUUCAAGAAAAUCUUUGUUGAAGUUUGAACCACAGUGGACUCUGUUGUGGUUCUUAAAUGUUUAUACUGUAUUUCUAAGAAGUUCUUUGUGGCAAAUUAACUAUAUGUAUGUAGGUUAUCUUUUUAAAAAAAAUCUUCAAUACAAAUUGUAUCAUACUGUAAAAUGGACACAAAUCUUCAAAAUAAGUUUACAGUUCACAUAGCAUUGAUAAUCUUCAGGUGAACACUUAAUGGUCAUUUAAAAAGCUUGACAGCUGAUGGUAGAAAAUUGCUUUAAUGAAUUAAGGAUUCUUCUUUGAAAAGAUGAUUCUGUAAUUUUUAAAGAAUGACUUUUGUCUUAUUAAGUGUGCCAGUUAAACUUAUGUGGCCUCUAUAAAUGAAAUUAACUUCAUAGCAAAGAUGAAUAGAUUUAACUAAUACAGUAAUUUUCUAAAGGGACAUUGAUUUACUAUUAUGUAAUUGAGGGAAAAAUAAUUUAUGUGAUUGUGAAUGAGAAAGUUUUGUGCUGUGUGGGUCAUUUAUUUAGAUGUCACUGGGGUGAAUAACAGUUAUGCUUGAUUUUAAUUUCAUUAGUUGCUUUUUCUUUCUGGAGAGAAAAUAGUUAUAUAGAAGGAAAGACAUUUGGUGGGUUUGUUUAUUUUUCUGAAAUAUGUGAUAUUGUAAAUUGUACUUUUAUAACAGUUACUUUUAGCCAUUUGGAUUUUUUUUAGUUUGUUGCCUUCAAUAUGUUAGUGGUUCUGAUUUCAAAAUGAUAAUUUUCUAAUUUUUUCAAAAUAAAUAAGUAAAAUUCUCAGUAAAAAAAACAGAACCACUAAGUAAAUUUAAUGGUACAGCUCCAUACAUGGUCAUUUAUAUUUUUAUAUUUUCAGGUAAGUGGAAGGGAAAUGUUCUGUUCAGGCGUUAAUGAUUGGGGUGUUGCUUUUGUUUUUUGUUUUCUUCAUUCUGCGAACUAGCUAAUUGUAAAGGAAAUAGUGUAAAAACUCAUCUUCAUUAGUAACAAUUUAUCAAUAAAUCACAUCCAUCAUUGUUGUUGAA